AUGUCGCGCGCUCAAAAUGGAUGCCGGGGCAUUGGUCGUGGACCCAAGGAACCACUCCUCAUUAACGCGGUCGUUGGCAAGGUGUUUAAACGCAACCGUCGGAACCUCUCCGCCGCCUGGAUAGACUACAAAAAGGCUUUCGACUCGGUGCCUCAUACAUGGCUAAAGAGGGUCCUCGACCUGUACAAGGUUGUAUGUACGUUUCGAGACUUCCUCGGGCAGUGUAUGGGGCAGUGGAGUACGAUCCUUUGUCAUCUAGGCCAGUGGAUGACGGCUGCGGAAAACCACAUAAGGAUAAGAAGGGGUAUCUUCCAGGGCGAUUGUUUGAGUCCAAUCUGGUUCUGCCUCUCUCUGAACCCUCUCAGUACCUUACUGGAGGGCUCCGGGAGGGGACUUCAGCUUCGAAAAGGAGGUACAAAAGUGACCCACCUUUUCUACAUGGAUGAUCUCAAGUUAUUCGCCUCCAGUCGCUCCCAUCUUAUGGAAUUGCUAAACAUCACGUGUGAUUUUAGCAAUUCAAUUGGAAUGGAGCUGGGGACGGAUAAGUGUGCGAUCCUCCAUGUUGAAAGGGGAAGGGUUGCUAACUCUGAGGGCAUAGACUUAUCUAUGCCCAUCAACAUAAACACCCUUUCCGAGGCUGAAACAUACCGUUACCUGGGUAUGUCACAGAACAUCGGUGUAGAUGAGGCGGGUAUGAAACAGUCACUUUGCGAUGUGUUUUAUGCACGCUUGACCAAAGUGCUUAACAGCCUUUUGUCCGGUGUGAAUAAGACGCACGCAUAUAACGGUUGGAUCCUGCCUGUUCUCAUGUAUACCUUUGGCAUGCUCAGGUGGACUCAGACCGAACUGAACGCUCUGGACAGAAAAGUCCGCACUAUAAUGACGUCAUACAGGAUGCAUCAUCCGAGAUCGUCAGUAAUGAGGCUGUACUUGCCGCGGAAACAUGGUGGUCGCGGCUUUUUAAGCGCGCUUACCAUGCAUAAUCGCGAAGUGUGCAGCCUCCGUACUUUCUGA